CGUUCCGCUUGAUACGGUUUGCUCCGAUGAACAGAGAGCAAAGUAGUGAAACCGUCCCGAAAUCGGUUUGUAUGAGAAACGUCAAACCGUUUUCGAUCCCUGUAAAAUUCUUCAAUAGAUGUCAUGGUAUUAUGUCUAUAGAUGAGUUUUAAAGAUAAAGUCGUAAUUGUAACUGGUGCAAGUAGUGGAAUUGGAAGAGGUGCAGCAAUCCAUUUGGCAAAAUUAGCCGCUGACGUUGUACUGGUCGGAAGAAACCAGGAGAGAUUGAACGAAGUAAAACAGCAAAUUAUUGCGAAUGGAUCUUCGGAGCCCUUGGUGCUGGCUGCCGACGUGACAAAAGACUCGGAGAAAAUUAUCAACGAAAGUGUCAAGCAUUUUGGAAAAAUAAAUGUUUUAAUAAAUAAUGCGGGAAUGAUGACGGAGGAAAGUAUUGAAAAUGUCACAAUGGAGGCGUUUGAUAAAACGAUCGAUGUAAAUCUACGAAGUGUCGUACAAUUGACUCAAAAAGCCAUUCCAUAUCUUGAGCAAACAAAAGGUAACAUUUUGAAUGUGAGCAGCACGGCCGGUCUGAAAGCCGUUCCCAAUUUACUAUCCUAUUGUGUUUCAAAAGCUGCAUUGGAUCAGCUGACCAAAUGCUCAGCAUUGAACUUGGCUCCAAAAGGAAUACGAGUCAAUGCUAUUAACCCAGCUGCGAUUCGGACUCCACUCUACAAAGCACUCGGCAUAGAUAGCAAGGCAGAACAAGAGCUAUUCGAUUCAUACAAAUCCCAUUACCCAAUGGGAAGAAUUGGUGAAGUGAGUGACACGUCAUCGGCUAUCGCAUACCUAACGGGUGACUCUGCUUCUUUUUUAACGGGUGUGUUGCUGCCAGUUGAUGGAGGUGCGCUGACAGCUGGUUACGAUUAAAUUUUUCAAAAAUUAAAAGAUAAUGGAUUUAAAAUUGAAUUGUACUAGAGUUUAAUUACUGCGUUUCACUUGGUGAUAAAGAAAACGGCUCUCGGGCACAUUAUCCAUAAUAAUAGAUUGUCUAAAAUAUUUGCAAAUAGAUGUUAUUCGUUGAUCACAUUCAAUUGAUGUGUCAUAAAGUUGUCAAGCUGAACACUAUUGAUUACAAAAUAUUAUCUAUCCGACAAAGCCGGCUUAUAUAUAUUGCAUGUAAGUAGCGAGCAUCUUGUCACAAACGCCCAUUCCCUCACGUAAAUCACCUUUCAAUGGAUCGGAGAGAGAUGAGAUUCUCAUCAUAAGAACAGGUCUUAAAGAACUAAAUUUACUGCGAGAUUACCCGAAAUAUCGAUAACUUUGAGCUUUGAGUCCUGAGCUGAAACAAAAACUAAUGUAGAAAUAAAACAUCAACAGCAUAAAUUUUCAUUUAAAUCAGAUAUUUUUUUUUAUUCAUAUGAUUUUCUGUGUGUGUUUUUACGUGAUAGAUUUCAUGUAUACAAUGUUUAUACAUACAUUCAUGUUAAAUUGUUUAUCAUCUUAACUAGUGUUUUAUGUCAUUGUUUUUUUUUUAAAGGACGAAUAAAUAUUCAACUAAACCGUA